AGCCCGAAUCACUCACCAAUCCACCAUACUCACCUGUCCAACUGCUUUCCGUCCAUUUCAAUCCUCUCUCUCUCUCUCUUCAUCCAAUGGCCUCCACUGUCCUCAGGACGGCCUCCGCCUGGAGGGCGCCGCCGUCAGCUUCCCUCACCGCCACCGCUAACUCUUCCACCUCACGCCAUAACUUCUCCUGCGUCGUUUCCUUUCCCAGACGGAGACGGGCUUCGCCACGCCUCCCUGCACGCUGUCGCGUCCACCACUCCUGUUCUGGACCCGCAAUUCGACUGCCCGUGACUCGCUCGUCGGAGAAAUUCUUGCUCUUUGCUUCAGAUGGAGACGUUGCGGAGACUGCUCAGAGUGAACCUCAGGAACAGGACCAAGUUCAAGACUCUGAGCUAGAGGACAAUGAAGAUGUUGCUCCUGGAAGUGAUGAUAUUUCAAAUGAGGCUGAUACUACAACUUCAGAGGAAACUGCUUCAAUUGUUAUGAUGGCUUUGAAGUCAUAUAGAGAUGCUUUGGAUACUAAUGACGAGUCUAAAAUUGCGGAAUUAGAAGCUUUUCUCAGGUCUAUAGAGGAUGAGAAAGUCAAUCUUGAGAGAAAACUGCUGAUAUUAACCGAAGAGCUCUCAUAUGAGAAGGAUCGAGUUCUUAGAAUUAGUGCUGAUUUUGACAAUUUCCGGAAGAGAACUGAUAGGGAACGACUUUCUUUGGUUACAAAUGCGCAAGGGGAAGUUGUUGAGAAACUUUUACCGGUGUUGGAUAACUUUGAUAGAGCGAAAACCCAAAUCAAGGUGGAAACUGAGGGAGAGGAGAAAAUCAAUAACAGCUACCAGAGCAUCUCUAAACAGUUUGUGGAAAUUCUAGGAUCUCUUGGUGUUACACCUGUGGAGACCAUUGGGAAGCCAUUUGAUCCAUUGCUCCAUGAAGCUAUAAUGCGUGAAGAUUCAAUGGAGUUUGAUGAAGGCGUCAUUAUACAAGAAUUUCGCAAGGGUUUCCAACUUGGAGAUAGACUCUUGCGCCCCUCAAUGGUGAAGGUGUCUGCUGGUCCUGGGCCUGCAAAGCUGGAGACAUUGGACACUGCAGAAGAACAAGGGGGUGUUAUUGAGACAGCUGAGGAAGGUGGUAGUCAGCCAGAGGAUGCUAAUGAGACUGGUUAGGAGAGUAACUCUAUACAAGUGCCACCUUUAUGACCAAACAAAAUCCACUUUUUCUUAAAAUUUUGUAUGAGUAAACCAAAAUCCCUUGUAGCUAUAAGUUGAGUUGUUGGUCUGUUUGAAGGGUUGAUCUUGAUGAGAUGCAUUCUUGAAAUCCAAUUGAUAUAUGUUUCUUUUUUGGAGUUUUC